AUGGAGGUCUCUCCAUGGGACAGCACGAGUGACCAGGAGCUGUCCCCUGUGGAAGAUGACGUCCUGCUGGUUUCAGGGAACAGCCCGACUGAUGGGGAGGUGUCCAAAGUGGAAGUGGCCAUCGAGCUUAGCAGUGCCACGGAGGCCGAGCCGGCCGCUGCUGCCCCGUCCGGAGCUGCUGAGGAGGCAGCAGCGGGGUCAGUGCUGGCAGCGCAGGAGGGAACGGACAACUCCAGUGAGGAAAGGAAAUUUUGGCAAUUCCUGGAUGACCUGGAGCCUUUCCUGCUUGGAGACCCAGAGCUGUCCCAGGAAGCGUCUCAUGGUGAAGAAUGCCUGGAGGAAGAUCUGCCCCACGGGGAAGUCACAAGUUACCACCAACUCUUUGACUGGGAAAAGUAUUUGGAGGUAGGCCUGUCCCAGGGAGAAGUCAGCAGCUCCCAAGACCCCUCGGACUGGGAAGAAUGCAUCGAGCAAGUGCUGUCCGAUGGAGAUGUCAGCAGGUGGGAAAUACUUUCCGCCAGGGAAGAAUGCAUUGGCCAAGACCAUUCCCAAGGAGAAGCCUGCUUUGGCCAAGAUGUGUCCAGAGGGAAUGGCAGCAGAUCCUCAGGACACUCCACCUGCGAAAACGACAGUGACACGGGGCUCGUGCAGGAGAACUGGGAAGAUGAGACCGAGCACGGCAUCAGGACCAAGCCCUUGUGCCCAGAGGAGGAUGAGUGGGACGAUGAUGUGAGCCUCCUGGAGGUGCCCCCAGAACUGGACAAAGAGCAGAAAUGGGAAGUUUUUGCGGCAGCCGGGCUCGCAGUGGCCGUCCCUCGGGAGGCCGGGGUGGAGUGCCCGGCACAGGAGCCGUGCAGCCAAGGGCCGGCGCCUGCCCCGCACAGCCCCCGCAGCCCCUGGCCUGAGGGACGGCCCUGCUCCCCGGGCUCCCGCGGCUCCUGGAGCCGCUGCCCGCAACGGCCGACAGCGACAGACGACAAGAGCGACGAGGGCAAAGCCAACUCCAACUCCCGGUCCCACAGCCCCUUGCCCAGCUGGCUGGAAGCCCCCAGCGGGCAGUGGUCGGGGGCAGUGGGCAGCUCAGUCCUGCCACUGGCACAGGCUGAGGAGGAGGAGAGGCCCCUCGCUGACAUGGACCGAGAGCAUUCCCAGUGGGAAGAUACACAAGAGACAUCCCAGAGAGAAGGACCAGGAGUCCAAGAAAUGUCCCGGCAGGGAGCCAGGAGCAGCCAAGAGCUGUACCAAGGCCAGAGUCCCACGGAGGCCGAGCCGGCAGCUGCUGCCCCGGCAGGAGCUGCUGAGGACGAGGAGGAGCCCCCCGAGCCUCUCCUGUCCCAAGAGGAAGAUUUGGGAGACCAAGAGUUGUUCCCGGGGGAGGACGAUGUGAGCUCCAGUUCUGGGGAGAAGCCUGUGGGCACAGUGAAGGAGGAGGCCACGCAGACUUGUCCCUCAUCCUGUGACAAGGAGCUGUCCCAGGUUAAAGAGGCCAUCGAGCUCUCUGCAGGGGACAGCAACACUGGGCCAGAGCUGUCCAAAGGGGAAGAGGCAAUCAAGGACAUUCCAUGGGACAGCAAAACUGACCAGAUGCUGUCCCCAGUGGAAGACAACAUUGAGGUUGUUCCAGAGGAUGGCAAAAGUGACCAGGAGCUGUCCUCAGUGGAAGAGGACAUCGAGGGCAUUCCAAAGGACAGCAAGAGUGACAAGGAGGUGUUCUCAGUGGAAGCACUCAUCGAGGCUGUUCCAGAGGAUGGCACGAGUGACCAGGAGCUGUCCUCAGUGGAACUGGCCAUCGAGGGCAUUCCAUGGGACAGCAUGAGUGACAAGGAGCUGUCCUCAGUGGAAGAGGACAUCGAGGGCAUUCCAGAGGACGGCAUGAGUGACAAAGAGCUGUCUUCAGUGGGAGAGGACAUCGAGGACAUUCCAUGGGACAGCACAAGUGACAAGGAGCUGUCCUCAGUGGAAGAGGACAUCGAGGGCAUUCCAGAGGACAGCAAGAGUGACAAAGAGCCGUCCUCAGUGGAAGAGGCCACUGAAGGCAUUCCAGAGGAGAGCACGAGUGGCAAGGAGCUGUCCGAAGGGGAAGUGGCCAUCAAGGGCAUUCCAGAGGAGAGCACGAGCGGCAAGGAGCUGUCCGAAGGGGAAGAGGCCAUCGAGGGCAUUCCAGAGGAGAGCACGAGCGGCAAGGAGCUGUCCGAAGGGGAAGAGGCCAUCGAGGGCAUUCCAUGGGAUAGCACAACUGACCAGAUGCUGUCCUCAGGGGAAGUGGCCAUCAAGGUUGUCCCAUGGUACAGCACAAGUGACCAGGAGCUGUCCUCAGUGGCAGAGGCCAUCAAGGGCAUUCCAGAGGACAGCAUGAGUGACCUGGAGCUGUCCGAAGGGGAAGUGGCCAUCGAGGGCAUUCCAGAGGAGAGCACGAGUGGCAAGGAGCUGUCCGAAGGGGAAGAGGCCAUCGAGGGCAUUCCAUGGGAUAGCACAACUGACCAGAUGCUGUCCUCAGGGGAAGUGGCCAUCAAGGUUGUCCCAUGGUGCAGCACAAGUGACCAGGAGCUGUCCUCAGUGGCAGAGGUCAUAAUGGGCAUUCCAGAGGACAGCAUGAGUGACCUGGAGCUGUCCGAAGGGGAAGAGGCCAUCGAGGGCAUUCCAUGGGAUAGCACAACUGACCAGAUGCUGUCCUCAGGGGAAGUGGCCAUCAAGGUUGUCCCAUGGUACAGCAAGAGUGACCAGGAGCUGUCCUCAGUGGAAGAGGCCAUCAAGGGCAUUCCAGAGGACAGCAUGAGUGACCUGGAGCUGUCCGAAGGGGAAGUGGCCAUCGAGGGCAUUCCAGAGGACAGCAUGAGUGACCUGGAGCUGUCCGAAGGGGAAGUGCCCAUCAGGGUUUUCCCAUGGGACAGCACAAGUGACCUGGAGCUGUCCUCAGUGGAAGUGGCCAUCGAGGGCAUUCCAGAGGACAGCAAGAGUGACAAGGAGCUGUUCUCAGUGGAUCAGGGCAUCGAGGUUAUUCCAUGGGACAUCAUGAGUGACCUGGAGCUGUCCUCAGUGGAAGAGGACAUCGAGGGCAUUCCAGAGGACAGCAAGAGUGACAAGGAGCUGUCCUCAGUGGAAGAGGACAUGGAGGUUAUUCCAUGGGACAGCAUGAGUGACCUGGAGCUGUCCUCAGUGGAAGAGGCCUUCGAGGGCAUUCCAGAGGCCUGGGUGGAGUGCCCAGCACAGGAGCCGUGCAGCCAAGGGCCGGCGCCUGCCCCGCACAGCCCCCCCAGCCCCUGGCCUGCCCGGCUGCGAGCCCAGGCCCUCCGCGGGCAGCCGGCUGCCCCCAGGAAACGUCCCUCCCGCUUCAGGCGGGCGCUGCGGGGGCUGUUCUGCUGUCCCUGCCUGAGGCCACGGCCGGAGGAUGGCAAAGACGACAAAGAAGACAAAGACACAGCAGACAAUGAAGAAGACAAAGAUGACAUAGCAGAUGAAGAAGACGGAGACAGUGAAAGAAAUGGAGAUGAAGAAGAAGACGACAAAGAAAAAGAAGACAAAGAUGAAGACUAA